AUGGAGCAAAACAGCACGCUUCUUCGGCGCGUGCUGCAGAAGGCAGCACGAGCAGCAAGAACCAUCGCUUACCUCCGCCCAUCUCCUCCUCCGACACCGUCAACACCCUGCCGCCGUCUCCCGCCCAGCCUGCUGGACUGCACUGACGACGACGACGGCGGGUCUCCGAGCUUCCACACGGCGGCAAGCACGCCAGCGGAGACGCCGCCGUCCGUCCACUCGAGGAUAGACAGCCCUGGCGCCGCCGACAUCGACAGCCGCGCCGCGGAGUUCAUCGAGAGGUUCCGGCGCAACGCGUCCCUCGAGCUGCGGUACUGCUCCCCGGUGACCCCCGCCAGGCCGCCCGCGUCGCCGGACACCUACUUCAACCUCUCGAGGCUGCACGGCCCGGCGCUGGCACAUGCGCGGCCGGUGUGCAGGAGGAGCUCGCCGGGGGCGAGGGCGAGCGCGAGCGCUACGUCCAUCAAUUGGCCGAGUACCACGUGCCUCGGAAGAAGGCCUACUGUUCAGGUGUAG